UGAGUUUUUUUAGAUGGUGUCCAUCAUAUUCUGUACAUAAUCCGGUCAAUUUAGACAUUCUAAGUUACGUAAAUCUAAAACUCACUAAAAUUGUUUAAAAUACAAUUGAACAUAGAAUUUGAAUUUUUUCCCAUCAUUUCCAUUUAUGGAAAAAAUUUUAUUCAAGGUCAAACGUCAAAAAAAUGAGUUUUCCGCAAUUUUCAGCAAAACGGCGAGUUUUAUUAUAAAAAUACCGUAGACAAAAAUUGUAGUUCAUAAAAUUAUCUAUAAAAAACGUAUUAAUACUUUUUUUCCUACAAGCCACUGUUUCUGAGAUAUAAUGAUUCAAAAAGUUCAGUUGAGUUUUUUUAGAUGGUGUCCAUCAUAUUCUGUACAUAAUCCGGUCAAUUUAGACAUUCUAAGUUACGUAAAUCUAAAACUCACUAAAAUUGUUUAAAAUACAAUUGAACAUAGAAUUUGGGUGUUCCUCAUCAUUUCCAUUUAUGGAAAAAAUUUUAUUCAAGGUCAAAGGUCAAAAAAAUGAGUUUUCCGCCAUUUUCAGCAAAAAGUACUAAAAAAAGUAAGGAAAAAUGAGUGUACUGAUUCCGAUGUUGAUUACGUUAAUCGUUGUUGCAAUAGUUUACCAAUGGAUGAAGAAAAGAGAAAAAGAAUUGACGAAAUGGAUACCCGAAGUGCCGCAGAAUCCAAUUUUCGGCAAUCUGUUAGAAGUUGCGAAUCCAACAGAUAUUUUAGAAGCGUAUACAAGAUAUUUAAAUGAUCAUAAUGGUCUUUGUGCCAUCAAUAUAAUUAUUAAAAAUUUUGUACUGGUUUCUGAUCCAAGAUUUUUGGAAUUCGUCUUGGGAAAAUGGGAUAUACUCAAAAAAACUGAUGAAUACGAUUUUUUGAGUAGCUGGUUGGGUUCCGGUCUGCUAAUAGCGAAAGAACCGAUCUGGAGGAAAAGAAGGAAAAUGUUGACGCCAUCUUUUCAUUUUUCUAACUUGGAAAAUUUUAUAAAUAUUAUAGAAAAAUGUGGUGAUACUUUGAUAGAGUUGUUGGAAAAAGAAACUCUCGAGGAGAGAGUGGAUAUUAGCAAAUAUACGACAAACUGCACUUUGGACAUUAUAUGCGAAGCUGCUAUGGGGGUGUCAAUCAACGCUCAGAUAAAUCCCAAUUCGGAAUACGUCAAAGCGGUACAUGCGAAAUGUAAAUUUUUAAUAGAAAGGACCUAUUCAAUUUUCAAAAGAUACGAUAUCUUAUAUAGACUUACGCCGACUUACUAUUUCGAAAAGAGCUGUGAUGAAAUAUUACAUAAUCACACUAUGCGUGUCAUAAAUUCCAGGAAGGAGAGGUUAGAAAGGGAAAAAGACAAAAAUGUAAAUAGUAACGACAACGAAGAUGUCGGUUUAAAAAAAAGAAAAGUGUUUCUCGAUAUGUUGUUGGAAUAUUCUGAUAAUGGACAAAACUUGACCGAUCAGGAUAUCAGAGAAGAGGUUGAUACUUUUAUGUUUGCAGGACAUGAUACGACUGCAACUGCGUUAAGUUUUUCUUUGUAUUGUUUAUCUCUCAACAAAGAUGUCCAGGACAAAGUAGUCGAGGAACAGAAACGAAUUUUUGGUAACGAUAAAGAUAAAACAAUUACAAAUAGAGACUUGCUUGAUAUGACCUACUUAGAUUUGGUAUUAAAAGAAUGUUUAAGAUUGUAUCCGUCUGUGCCUUAUAUUGGUCGUAAAACUGAUAAAGAUUUGACGUACAAAGAUGGAAAAGUUAUACCGGCUGGUACAUCGAUUCUUUUAGUUAUAUAUUCUCUACACAGAAACCCAAAGUAUUUUCCCGAUCCGGAAAAGUUCGACCCCAGUCGAUUCGAGGAUACUACCCAUAUUCCUGUAUAUGCGUAUCUUCCUUUUAGUGCUGGACCCAGAAAUUGUAUCGGACAAAGAUUUGCUUGGAAUGUAAUUAAAUCCGUAAUUUCUAAAGUACUAAGAAAUUAUGAAGUUUUACCUUGCGGACAUCCAUUGAAAUUGUCUGCGGUAGCAGUACUCAGAUCCGAAAAUGGUGUUGGAGUUAAGUUGAGGAAAAGAAACUGGGAUGAAAUACCUUUAUAACCAAGAUUAUUAUUAUUAUUAUUACUCAUAACUCCUGAAAUAUACUAUAUAUAAUACAAAAAUUAAAAGGGGAAAAAGAUUUAACUACAAAAUAGAAAAGCGUCCCGUCCAUUGACAGACGGUGUCGUUACAAUAUCCUCAGGUAGAUGAUUCCAUGUUGAAAAAACACGAUUACACAAAAAAUGUUGCCUUGUUCGACAAUUUCCAUCGGUGUCCUCGAAGCCGAUUACCAGUGUCCACGUUAAAUAUGUUUUUUAAGUUACCAUAAUUGGAAUUUAAAACGCGAUAGGUGAUUAUCGUAUCCCCACGAAGACGACGUUGUUCUAAAGGUCGAUAAAUCCAUUAUGUUUAGUCUUUCUGUAUGACUAGGUCUUGUACUACGCCCGAGAGAUAAUCUGAACUUUUUCGAGAAGAUCUUUGUCCCGCACUAGUUCCGGACACCGCAAUACUCCAUAAUUGGGCGAAUAUAAGUUUUAUAUUGUUUAUAACCAAAUUUUUUAUAUAUUUUUAUACAUAUUAAAUAAAGUUGGUAUUUGGAAUAAAA